CGAUCAAAUGAAUAAAUUUAUUUUGAAAUAUGUUUUCGAGGCUCGUGGGACAUUUAUUAAAUACAUGAGACAUAUAGAUACAUUGUGUCGUCGAUACUCUCGGUUCUUUAUUUGUCCUGUUUUGAAUCGAACAAUAUCACCAUUGUCGAAAAACGGUCAACCCUCGCUGUCAUUUAAACGUUUGAGGUCCUUUGCAAAGCCAAAGCGUGGAAAGAAGGCAAUGCAUGCGUCCAAAGAAACAGAAGCCAUUGAAACGACCAAGGAAGAGGAAACCGUGGCUGUUGAACCAAAGGAAGAUGCAGAGGUGGAACAUGAAAAGCCAGCAAAGCAGAGAGGAAAGAAGAAGGCAGAUAAGGCAACAGAAAAUGGGGAACCAGCUGUCAAGAAAUCGAAGGAGAGCAAGACAGAGGAGAAGUCCAAGUUGAGGAAGGAGUCCUCACUCACUGCAGGCAUGGACUUCACGCAUGACUGCCAGACCAAGGAUGGACGCAAGCCCAACUGGAAGAUCGCCUCCUGGAACGUGAAUGGCAUCCGCGCCUGGAUGGAUAAAGGAGGACUGUCCUACCUGAAGGAUGAGAGCCCAGAUGUGCUGUGUAUCCAGGAGACCAAGUGUGCCACUGCGGACAUCCCCGACGAUGUCAAGGUGGAUGGUUACCAUGACUACUGGUCAUCUGCCGAGAAGGCUGGAUAUGCAGGCACAGCCAUCUACAGCAAGACCAAGCCCUUAAAUGUGACCUAUGGCUUGGGUAUUGACAAGCAUGAUGACGAAGGUCGUGUGAUAACAGCUGAGUUUGACCAAUUCUACCUUGUGACAGCUUAUGUGCCCAAUGCGGGUCGCGGUCUGCCCAGACUCCCCUACCGGUCUAAGGAGUGGGAUGUGGACUUCAGGGCUUUCCUCAACGAUCUCAACAAGAAGAAACCAGUCAUCAUGUGCGGAGAUCUCAAUGUGGCUCACCAGGAAAUAGAUAUUGCCAACCCAAAGACAAACAAGAAGAAUGCAGGUUUCACGGUGGAGGAGCGACAGGGCUUCACUGACCUGCUGGCCGAGGGCUAUAUUGACUCAUUUAGGGUGCUCUACCCUGAGAAAGAGGGGGCCUACACUUUCUGGACUUACAUGGGAAACGCACGAGGAAAGAAUGUGGGCUGGCGCCUGGACUACUUUGUUCUCUCUGAGCGUCUCCGUGACAACCUGUGUGAUCACGUGAUCAGGAAGGAUGUGAUGGGCAGCGACCACUGUCCUGUAGUGCUAUACAUGGCCAUCAAGUGAGGGCCAUCAAGUGUGUCAACGAAUUGUUGAAAAUAACUUUUGAAGACUCACAAGAAUAACUUCAGAAGCCAUAACUGGACAUAAUGAAUCUGGUCUAAGAAUCUUGAUUUUUUGUUGUCAAUUUGUUUCAUAAAUUUUCACCAUCAUGUCAGUUUUUAUUAUUAGUAUCUUGUGUUGUAUAUAAAUUUUGUGUCUA